CUACUUGUUAACAGUGGUGGCGCCAGAGGGGGGGCAGGGGGGGCUACAGCCCCCCCGUCGGAGGAGGCUAGCCCCUCCGUCGGAAGAUAAAUUAUGCUUGAAUUUUUUUUGUCGGAGCGAAUUUUUUAAGUUUUGGCGGAAAUAGAAAUUUCUAAAAGGACUGUUAUCAGAAUUCAGGAAGCUCAUCCCAAAACAACUCAUCGACACAUCAAUUUCAUGGUAAAUAAUAAUCUGUUAUAAGAAGUUUGAAUUGGUUGUUUAGAUGUUCAGUACCAGGUGUUUUCCGCAUGCUGUUAAAUUUGAUCUUAUGUUAUGGAUAGUGCAGUUCGUCCAAAUCUUGCUUGCUAUAACCAACCUACAACAUCGGAAUAUUUUUGUGCGAUAGCGAUAUGGCAACAAAUGUUACCCGUUUCAGUGUUAGAUGUAGUAUAUGUAAUGACGUAUUUAACAAUGAUUACGCUGCCCGCCACACGAAGUCCAAGCACAAAGAUUUGGCUGCAAUGGGAAGGACUGCUCCUACGACGGCAAUAGUUGAAACGGACUCGCAGCAGAGAAAAAUAAAAAAAUUUUUUCAAUCAAAAGGCGGUACUUUUCCAAAGAAACGAAAGGUUAAUGAUUUUGAAACUGAAAGAACAACAGAAGACCCCGAAGAACAAGAAGUUGAAAUUUCGAAAAUUCAAGACGAAGAGCAAAUCGAACGUGGUACAACUUCUAGCUUGGACCCCGAAGUCACGAAUGUAGAUGCUGACAACUACGUCACCAUUUCGGAAGCCGAACAGUCGAUGUCGGACAUUGUGGAAGCAGCAAAUGAAAGCGACAGCAACGAGGAUAUCGAGGAAAAUUUGGAACAGUUGGAACUCGAGUUGGAAGAUGAAGUUGAUCCUGCAGGAUUAUCAGCCGAAGCACUUCAAGGAGAUUCGAGAGGACCGCAACUUACACUAUCCGUCGCUGGCCCCAAGGACAUAUCCUCAACCAAAGACGGCGGACCUGUGCAGCCUCGUAAUAUUUCCUUCCCUACACAUUUGAUUGGCAAUCAGCAUCGCGCAUUCACACCUUUGCUGUAUGAAAAGUAUCCCUGGAUUGAGUAUUCGCAAAUGGAGGAUGCCAUCUUCUGUUUCCACUGUCGUAAUUUUUCAGAGAAUCGGAAGGAUCCAGCGUUUGUUAGUCAAGGCUUGCGCAAUUGGAAAAGAUGCUAUGGCACCAAAGUGAAUGAUAACAAACUCUUGCAACAUCAAACCAGCCAUCUUCAUGCCCAAAGUGUAGCUGCUAAAGCGCACUAUGAAAACGUUAAGUCUGGAAAUUUUCAGACCAUUGCCACACUUCAUGAUGCCGCUUAUUCGAAACUGGUUAAAGACAACAGGCAUUACAUGCGAGUGAUUUGCGAAGUCCUGCUUCUCACUGCUCAGCGGAAGAUUGCCCAACGUGAGACUGGAGGUUCAUUUCGUGUUGCCGAUAUAAAUAAAGAAGCUCUAGACUAUGGACCUUCUUGUGGUAAUUUUCUUGCGAUACUUGGUCUUCUUGCAAGGCAUGACCCAGUUGUUGCUGACAAAAUCCGCACUGGCCCGAAAAAUGCAAAGUAUACUCACCACAGCGUACAGAAUGCCAUCUUAGACAUUAUGAAAGACAUGGUUCUUGAGCAAAUAAAAAGUGAGCUCAAUAAGGCUCAGUAUUUUACCGUCCUUUCAGAUGAGUCUAAAGAUAGAAGCAAAAAAGAGCAGCUUGUUGUUGCAGUCCGUUACUGCUACGAGAAUGCCAUACAUGAGGAAUUUAUUGGCAUUGCUGAGGCGCAAAGUUUAGAUGCAGAUGGUCUUUCAGACACAAUAAUUGAACGAUUGCAACGCAUCGAAGCCAACAUGAAAGCAUGCGUGGGGCAAGGCUACGAUGGAGCUUCUGUUGUUUCUGGUCACCUGAAUGGCGUUCAAAGGAAACUUCCUCUGAAAACCGGUGCUGAAAUGGCUUACUACGUCCAUUGCUUUUGUCAUCGAUUGAACCUUGUGAUCGUCGAUGUUGUGAAAUCAAUCAGUUGUGUGGCAGACAUGAUAUCGCUAUUCAGAAGCCUGCAUUCUUUUCUGAGCAGCAGCACCGUUCAUGUACGAUGGGUAAAGGUCCAAGAGGAUCACAAGGUUCAUGUGAUGGAAAUUGGAAAAGUUUCUGACACGAGAUGGUCUUGCCAGGCGAAGCAAUUCAAUGUUUUCUGGGAGCGGUUGGAUAUCUUGGUGGAAGUCCUGCAGGAUGUGAUUGACACAGAUACGAACCCCGGUCGCAGAACAGAAGCUACUGGUUAUCUUCUGCAGAUUGACAGGAAAUUUGUGAGAUACCUGUUUGCCAUCCGACACGUCUUGAACAAAGCCAAAUUUGCGUCUGACAUGUUGCAGAAACCCUCCAAUGAUUUGAGUCAAGCCAUUGAUCUCAUUGCAACAUUGAAAGAUGAACUGGAUGACUGUCAAAGCAGGGAUAAGAUUCAAGAGUUCUGGGAUACUGCCGAAGAAGCAGCGGAUCGCUUGGAAUUGCCGGAAGAAAAAAGACCACCAAGAAAGAGGGCAACGCCUGCUUCUCUUCGAGAGUUUGUUGUGGAAGCAUCUUCAGAGCCUCAAGUAGCAAGCGGGUUUGAUGGCUACGUACAAAAUGUCAAAGAAAUACUAAACAGAACAACUGCAGAACUUUGCAAGCGGUUUGACGAAAAAAACAUAAAGAUCAUGAAAGGCAUAACUGCAUUGGCCCCCAAGUCGAAAAGCUACUUGGACCCAACAACUCUUGUCAAUUUUGCUGAGCUUUUUCAGUCUGAAAUUGGUGCACUACGCAGUGAAAUUGCCACAUUUAAAUAUAUGCUCUCAAGAAAAGAAGAAAAACACCGCCCAAGCACACUUCUGCAACUAGAGGCACACUUGGAAAAGCUAAAUGAAGCUUUCUUUGAGCUGCACCGGCUUGUAUCCAUCGCAUGCACUUUGCCAGUCUCUUCAGCCGAAUGUGAACGCAGCUUCAGCUCUAUGCGCCUCAUCAAGAGUGAUCUGCGCUCACUUAUGAAGGACGAGCGUCUAGACAGUCUGAUGAUGCUAGGUAUUCAUCGUGCCCGUGGAAGUGCUCUUGACUUGGACUCAGUAGUAGACAGAUUUAAGGCUAAGUUCCCGAAGAGUAGAAUUGCUCUGUGAAACAAUUUUGAUUCUUGGACUUGAAUUUUCGAUAUGUAGAAGUGCGUAUUCCACCGCUUAGGUCUGUUCCUAUAAAGUUACGUUGUGUUCCAGUUUUCCUUAAGUUCAGUUGGUUGCUUUUUAUUUAAAUUCAUACUUUCCAAAGAUAGGCCCUACUUGAAUUGGCAACGUUUGAUGAGUUGUAAAGAUUUAGAGUAGUUUUAAGCUUAUCUAGAGGCAGCUUUCAAAAAAAAUUUCCAGGGACGCCGGAGAAGGGGGGCGCGGGGGGCAAGCGCCCCUCCUGCCCUUUGCUAGGAGGGGCAAGGGAGGGGGCAAACGUGCCCUUAGUAAUAUGUCAAAAAACGUAGUAAAAAACACGAUUACACCAUUUUGAUAGCAUUUUUAGCCAAUCUAAUGGGUGUAGCCACCAAAAUUUUCCCGGGGGAGUACCCCCGGACCCCCCGAAUUUUCGGCUCGCAACGCUCGCCUUCGGUCUCCAGUACCCUUACAAUUCCUUGUCGCCCCCUAGCCCUAUCGUUCUCUAAAAAAAUUAGCCCCUCCGUCGGAAGUGCUAGCCCCUUUGUCGGAGGAAACCUAGCGCCACCACUGCU